ACAGCUUUCCUUUUAAACCUCUGAUUGGCGGAUUUCCCGACUCCUAUUGAGCAGAAUCCUUCAACCAGAACACUAAGCUUCAAUAUCACGCUGGAGAGAUUACCCUGUUUAUUCCGGGUCUAGAUUAUACAAUGGAAAAUCUGAAAUUGUGUUGACCACUAUCUACAAGAAAAAUAAACAACAGCAGAGCGGAAGGAGGGCCAAAAUGAACAGGAAACUGAUUUUUAUGAUCUUCGUGUUGGCAGCAUUUCUGGUUCUUGCGGAUGGUAGACGAAGACGUCGGCGUAGCUGCCCUAAGACAGAUGAUGGUUCUAAUGGCGAUCAUUGGUGCUGUGACGUCAAAACCAAGAACGUGACGCACUGGAACUUGAUUUGGUGGCCUUGUGACGAAAUGGACGCUCUUCAAGAGGACCAUGGUGACGAGCAUCCAUCUGAGGAAGAGUGGAAUUGGUGUGGAACUGAUGGAAGUGACCGGAGACGUAGAUCAUCGGGGGACAGAAGGUCCUGGUAUAACCUCUGCCCUCUGUGGAUUGCCUACAAUGUCACUGUGAGUUAUAACAGCUGGAAUUGUUGUAAAGGGUGGAAUAAAGAUGAAUACGGCGAUUGUUCUAUCCCGGAUAGUGGUACUGGCCCCUUGUAUUGUGAUAAUGGCGGUUCUCUCAUUGAUAACGCAUGUGUCUGUCCUGAUGGGUUCAUAGGAACUCACUGCGAGACGCCUGUUUGCAAACCAGAAUGUAAAAACAAUGGCCAUUGUGGAGCUAGAGACGGGAAACCAAUUUGUGUUUGUCCCGAAAAUUUCGGAGGCGACCAAUGUCAAACACCAAUCUGUGAAAAGCCAUGCCUGAAUGGCGGACUCUGCGUGGCAGACGCGUGUGAGACUAGAUGUCGUUGUAAAGCUGGAUACGCUGGCAGAUUCUGCGAGAUAGUUAUCAAAGAGGGCGACUGUCCGAUUGACACGUCAAGUAUCAUGUGUGAUCAAGGAUGCAACACAGAUAACGACUGCGCAGGCGUCAACAAAUGCUGUCCUCACCAUAGCUGUGGUUAUGAAUGCAUGAAGCCUAUCAAUUCGAGCCGCUGUGUUUACAAGAAUCAUACAUACAACGUAGGAGAGCAGAUGAAGAAAGAUGACUGCACUACUUGUAUAUGCCAGGGAGAGGGGAUGUCAUAUGACCCUACCGGGUUUGACUGUUACACCAUUGACUGCUUCGUCACUUCCUGUCCCGAUGGAAUGGUGUAUAAAAGGAUCCCUGGACAAUGUUGUGGACAGUGUGAAGCAAUCGAAUGCCCCACCAGUUGUGGCCAAGGUCACUGUAGUCUGGUGAACGGAACCCCUCAGUGCGUCUGUCCCACCAACUUCCGGGGAGCAUCAUGUGAAACACCCGUUUGUGACAAGCCUUGCCUGAAUGGAGGAACCUGCAUUGCUAGAGGCACUUCUGCCGUCUGUCUCUGUGGCCCAGCCCACACCGGGAAUCAUUGUGAGAGUAGAAUCCCUGACAAAGAGGGAAUAUGCCCACGGGUUGGCAGCUCUCACCUCUGUGGAAAUAGCUGUAAUAGUGACUGGCAUUGUGCAGGCUCAGACAAAUGUUGUUUGACUUCCUGUGGCCAUGUAUGCGUUCCGCCAUUGAAUCCCCAUAUUUGUAUUCACCAGAACAUGACGUAUGGCAUUGACACCAUUAUCACUAAAGAAAACUGUACUACAUGCACGUGCAAAGGACAAGGUAAUACAGAGGACCCGAGUGGAUUUUCUUGUAGACCGACGCCCUGUCCCCUUAUGGUGGAUUGUUUGCCAGGAUAUACAUACAAGAAGCUCCCUGGGGAAUGUUGCGCCAGAUGUGUAGAGAUUAAAUGUCAGCAGUCUUGUCAGCAUGGUGGAGAUUGUCGAUUAGAUGAGGGCUCUCCAAAGUGCAUUUGUUCAGAAUAUUUCCAGGGAGAAUUUUGUGAAAUUGCCAGAUGUCCAGUUGCUUGUCAAAAUGGAGGACGGUGCGUUCCAAAUGGUGACCGCAAUGUGAUGUGUGCAUGUCCUGUCGGAUUCUCUGGCAAAUACUGCGAAUCAAGGGUUGAUGAAAAGAAAGGAAUUUGUCCAUCCACGGAGGGAAGAGUAGGAAUUUGUGUUGAAUUGUGCUCUCAUGAUUUGCAAUGUACAGGGGAUAAAAAGUGUUGUUCAAAUGGAUGUGGUCAUGAAUGCAGCAUCCCCCUAGACCCAAACAUCUGCAAAGUUGGAAACGUGACUUACCGGAAGGGCGAGCAAGUUCAAAUGUCAGUAUGUCAGAAUUGUGUAUGUAUGGGUCAAGGUCAGGGAUCCGAUGACAGUGGCUUUAUAUGUUCUAUGAUGGACUGUCCACAGAUCAUGUGUGCACCAGGAUUUGAGUACAAAACAUCAAAAGACAGAUGCUGUCCAUAUUGCGAAGAAGUCACAGUUUCUCCACCUAAAUUUCAGCGGUGCCCAUCACACAUUACGUUGGAGGUCAAUUCAUACGAUAAAUUAGUCGACCUUCGGAAAUCUCUCUUGCCAAAACUUGAAGUCAUUGAUGGUUGGGGCCAAGCUUUGGAAGUUUCCCUUAGUGUAUGGCAACUUGAGCACUGUGUUUGUCCACACAGUCAACGUAAUAUUCACAAUGUUGUUGCAACAUCAAAACCAGACAAGUUUGGACGUAUCGCUACAUGCGCUAUGGCUGUGAAAGUGAAGGAUGUUCAUCCGCCGAUUUUUGCUUCUUGUCCUUCCAACAUCGAGCUUUUUACCACAGAAUUUGUAAUGUGGGACAGGCCAACAGUCGCUGAUAAUGUAGGAAUCGGUAGUAUCGACUUCCUUGGUUCACAAAGUAAUAAUACCAAAUUUCCCAGUGGAAACUAUUUGCUGGGUUACAUUGCCAGAGACUUUGAAGGAAAUGUUGCUGUAUGUCAGUUCAAAGUUUCAAUCUGGGAGGAAGAUUCCACAGAUAUCAGUAUGCCUCAUCAAAUGAAAAAAGUUAAAGAGGAUACUGUUGAGGGCAACAAAAUGUUCGUCGGAAUUGGCGCAGCCCUUGGAGCUCUUAUAACUCUUGGCGUUGUUGUUGUCCUUUACAUAUGCUGUCGAAGGUCUGCUGCUGCGCGCGCAGCCCACAAUAGAUCCAGGUCUCCAUCGGCUUCGUUCAACAAUGGCUUUGAUAAUGGAAUUUACGCCAUGUAUGGCACGCCACCUCCGGAAUACGAGGAUCCGGGUAAGGGAAAACUUCCGGAAUAUUCCAACUCUGAGCCUCCAGUUUAUGAAUCCAAAGAUCCUCAUCCACAGAAAUCCUUUGGAGUGGAAAAUCUAGCAUACGUCAGUACUAUUGAUGUCAAAAUGGACCUCGACAACAAGUAUAAUGAAAACGUAAGCGGAUAAAAAUUGGAGGAAAGACUUUCGACAAAACCUGCAUGUGCUCCUUAUGUAUUUGCUUUUAACCAACGUGUAUGGUUGAUUUAUAUAAUUUUAAGUGUUUUAUGUGCUGGAAUUUCUUUUCAUACUUGUGUGCAUUAACAUUUUGCUUAUGCCCAACUCGAGUUUUGAAACAAUCUUCAAUAAAAGCGAACCAGAUUAUAAUUUAAGUUGACAUCUUGCAGGAGCUGUUAUAUAUUUAAGCAUAUUUUUAUCUAUAUGUAUUUUUAUGAAUUUUGAUUUCAAACAUGAGUUCUAAUUUUUAGACAUUGCUUGACUUGUAUAAUGUAUACGGAUUUAUUUAUCGAAUUUGUGUUUGUUUGGGUUUUUUAAUAUUCUUUUUGAUUGUAUUACCGUAUAAGCAGAAAUUUUUAGCGAGGAUUCAAUUUUGGCAUUUUUCGCGAGAGUGAUGAGAUCGCUAAAUUUAGAUAUCGCUAAAAAACUUUCCGCAGUAGACGUUACUGUUAUCUUUCUAUAAACCAUUUAAUCGCAAAAAUUACUUUUAGCUAAAAUUAAAUACUGAUUUUUAAGGACAAAUCGCUAAAUUUGCGUCUCGCUAAAAAUUCCACUUAUACGACAUAUCGUCUUUUUUAUAACCUUAUUCAAAUUGUAUGCAUAAACAUUAAUAUCUAUAUGCAUGUAAUACAUGUAUCACAAAAUGUUAUGAUGCUCAAUUAUUUUUCAUUAUUAUAUUUUCUACAAUUUUAAAUAGAAAGAAAGCCUUCUCCCGUUGUUCCACAUUUUUAAGCAUAAUAUUUUUUUGUUGAAAAUUAUAUCUUGUUGCUUGGCUAAUCGUUUUUUAAGCAGCCGGUCUGUUGUUAAAAAGAAGAGAAAAUGUGCUCUUUGGUUGUAUAUAUUUCAUGUUUUUACUGUUUUUAUGCAAUAUACUCAAUAUUUUAUUAAAAACUACAUAUUAAAA